CGCGGUUCCCGGAUGAGGCCGAUUCUGCGGUAUAAAGCGCGCGGGGAAGGCGGGAGCCGGCGCAGUUUGAAUCGCGGGCCGGCGGGUGAGUGGGCGCUGGGUCCCGAGGCUCCGGUGAGGCUCCGAUCCGCGUUGGUGUGCUGUUUGCGGGCGCGAUGGCCGGCGGCAAGGCGGGCAAGGACUCCGGAAAGGCCAAGACAAAGGCGGUUUCCCGCUCGCAGAGGGCCGGCCUGCAGUUCCCGGUGGGCCGCAUCCACCGGCACCUCAAGUCGCGGACCACCAGCCACGGGCGCGUGGGCGCCACGGCCGCCGUGUACAGCGCGGCCAUCCUGGAGUACCUCACGGCGGAGGUGCUGGAGCUGGCGGGCAACGCGUCCAAGGACCUGAAGGUGAAGCGCAUCACCCCGCGCCACCUGCAGCUGGCCAUCCGCGGCGACGAGGAGCUCGACUCGCUCAUCAAGGCCACGAUCGCGGGCGGCGGUGUCAUCCCGCACAUCCACAAGUCGCUGAUCGGGAAGAAGGGGCAGCAGAAGACGGUGUGAGGCGGGCGGCGACCGCGCCGGGCCCCGGACUGUGUCUGCGGGACGCCUUCCUUGGUCGCGCCCCCGGACCCGCGCCGCG